GAAGGAACUCAAUAUGGUGAACUCAGCUCACACCGCGGACUUGUUUUGGUGUAACCCACAACAGCUUUGCGGCGCUGCAACCUUUCUCCCAGCAGUCAUGCGUGUACAGCCCAACGUAAAACGUUCUGCCCUUCAAACCUUCUCCGUGCUAUAGAAGGCAGACUCCCUUGAGAUCCUCCUGGCCGGCUCUCCAUCAUGAGUGGCUCAAAGCCGGACAUCCUGUGGUCUCCUCACCACCCGGACCGUUACGUCAUCUGUGACUCUGAGCUGGGCCUGUACAGCAUCGCGCCCGUGGGCAGCACGGAAACGAAGCCCGGCACCCUGCCCCUCUCCGAGGAAACCGCUGCUACGUUGCUGGCCAUAAACUCGGACACCCCGUACAUGAAAUGCGUGGCCUGGUAUCCGAAGCAUGAGCCGGAGUGUUUGCUGGCCGUGGGACAGGCUAACGGCAGAGUGGUGCUCACCAGCUUGGGCCAGAACCACAACUCCACGUGUAAAGAGCUGGUGGGGAAAGAGUUUGUGCCCAAACACGCCCGGCAGUGCAACACCUUAGCCUGGAACCCCGUGGACAGCAACCUGCUGGCUGCCGGGCUGGACAAGCACCGCGCGGACUUCUCUGUUCUUAUAUGGGACAUCAGCAGUAAGUUUGCCCCAGAGACCACUGUAGCGGCUGAGAAAAUCCGCCUCUCAUCCGUCGACUUGGACUCGAGCACAGUAGUGACCAAGCCACUGUACGAGUUAGGCCAAAAUGACGCCUGCCUGUCCCUCUGCUGGCUGCUACGAGACACAAAGCUGCUCUUGGCCGGCAUGCACAGAAACCUGGCCAUCUUCGACCUGAGGAACACCAGCCAGAAAACGUUUGUGAACACUAAGGCCAUCCAGGGGGUGACGGUUGAUCCACACUUCCCCGACCGCGUGGCGUCCUUCUACGAAGGGCAGGUGGCCAUUUGGGAUCUCAGGAAGUUUGAGAAGCCUGUGCUCACCCUCACAGAGCAGCCAAAACCUCUUACUAAGGUGGCGUGGUGUCCGACUCGUACUGGCCUCCUGGCGACGCUGACCCGGGACAGCAACAUCAUUCGCCUGUACGACAUGCAGCACACGCCCACCCCCAUCGGCGAUGAGACCGAGCCCACCAUCAUCGAACGCAGCGUGCAGCCAUGCGAGAGCCAGAUAGGCAGCUUCGCCUGGCACCCCUCCUCCCAAAACCGCAUGGUGGUGGUCUCCACAGCCAACCGGGUCAUGACCGACUUCACCGUGUUUGAACGCAUCUCGCUGGCCUGGAGCUCCACCGCCUCGCUCAUGUGGGCCUGCGGCCGACACCUGUACAACUGCGUGGAGGACUUGGCCGAGGGGGCGCGCGUCGCCGCCGAGAAGGACGUUGCCACUAAGAUGAGGGAGCGAGCUCAGUCCAGGUACGGACACGACAUCGUCCAAGUUUGGAGGAACCACCUGUUGGCCGGAGGGAACGAUCCGCAGCUCAAGUCUCUGUGGUAUGACCUGUCCUAUAUGAAGCAGUGUGCAGAGGACAUGGAGCUGAAAUUGCAAGGAAACAAACAGUCUGUGGUCUGUUCCGGCAUCAAGAACCUUGUCAAGACGAGCUCAGGCACAACGGAGAGCCGCAGGUGCUGGACCGGCUCGGACCGGCAGACCGACGUAACCCGUUUCCACAGCGACGAGCGCUGCCUUGCCCUGAGGCUCUGCGGCUGGAUCAGCCGGGGGCCCGACAUCGACGUGGAGACCUUCCUGCGGUCGCUGGAGCUGGCACACGAGUGGGAGCGAGCCGCCGCCAUCGCCCUCUUCAACCUGGAUAUCCGCCGCGCCAUCCAGAUACUCAACAAAGGAGCCGUCGCUGAAAAGGGUGACCUGAACCUGAACGUCGUUGCCAUGGCUCUGUCAGGCUACACCGACGAGAAGUCCUCCCUGUGGAGGGAGAUGUGCAGCUCCCUGAGGCUCCAGCUGAAGAAUCCCUACCUCUGCAUCAUGUUCGCCUUCCUCACCAGCGAGCCCGGAGCCUACGACGGCGUGCUGUAUGAGAGCAACGUUGCUGUCCGGGACAGAGUUGCCUUUGCCUGCAUGUUUCUCAACGAUGCUCAGCUGCCACGUUACAUCGACAAACUGACCAAUGAAAUGAAGGAGGCGGGGAACCUGGAGGGAAUCCUGCUGACCGGGCUGACUAAAGAUGGCGUAGAUCUUAUGGAGAGCUAUGUGGACCGAACUGGGGAUGUCCAGACUGCCAGCUUCUGCAUGCUCAAGGGAUCGCCCGCCGACGUGUUGAAAGACCCUCGAGUCCAGUGCUGGAUCGAAAACUACCGCAACCUGCUGGAUGCGUGGAUGUUCUGGCACAAACGGGCCGAGUUUGACAUCCUCAGGGGGAAGCUGGACCCCAGCUCCAAACCGCUGGCACAGGUGUUCGUGAGCUGCAACUUCUGCGGGAAGUCCAUCUCCUACAGCUCCUCGGCGUUGCCUCAUCAGGGCCGGGGCUUCAGCCAGUACGGGGUCAGCGGCUCGCCCACCAAAUCCAAAGUCACCAGCUGCCCUGGCUGCAGGAAGCCACUGCCACGCUGUGCCCUCUGCCUCAUGAAUAUGGGCACGCCGGUUUCCAGUUGCUCAGGAACUGGAAAGUCGGAUGAGAAAAUGGACCUGACAAGGGAGAACAAACUCGCCCAGUUCAACAACUGGUUCACCUGGUGUCACAACUGUCGACACGGUGGUCACGCCGGUCACAUGCUGAGCUGGUUCAGAGACCACACAGAGUGCCCGGUGUCGGCCUGUGCGUGUAAAUGCAUGCAGCUGGACACCACGGGGAACCUGGUGCCUGCAGACAGCAGCUAAACGGGACACGCGUGUAGAAAACUAAAGGCAAACAUGAGCCAGGAGCCAACUGGUGAAGGCGAACUGCUGCUCCACCUCACCGACUACUGGGUGGGGGGUGGGGGGGGGGACAGAAAAGCAGCGUGGAUGUCCCUCUCUGAAGUGGGUGCUUGGUUAGAGAUACUGUUAUUAGUCCAGGGAAUGUUGGGUAGUACCAGAGCUCUAUAUGAAGAAGGGAAUAAAAAAAAAACGGGGUAACGAUUUGACUUGAUAAGUUAAAGGCAGAAAGGGAGCAAAUACUAAUUUUACUGCUCUGCUAAUAAAAAAAUCACUCAGGAGAAGUAGGAGAUGACGAUGUGUCGUCAGCCUCUUCCAGCCUAACCUGAAUCAGGGUGCUGUUACUUUUCAAAACGCAGUCAGAUACUGGGUUGAGAAUGUGCGAUCACAUGUGCCAUUACUUCCAGAGAAGGUUUUGUUGUGUUUUAUUCCGUAUUUAAUUUCUGAUGAGGGGGGGGGGGGGGGGGGGAUCUUCACAUACCUCACGAAAGCUUUUGUUUUUGGGUGCGAUGACAAUAACAACAGCCUCCUAGUCUCCUCAUCUGGCUUUGUGAAGGCGGGAGGGAGGCUGGGGGGGGGCUGUCCAGAAUGAAAGGUUUGCUUCGGGGGAGGAGGAAGAGGAGUGUGGAAGGGUGCGUCUGUAUUCACCAGCCUACUCCAGGCCUGUGGUCUAUGAAAGAAGCUCCCCAGAAAACGGCAGCUGCUCGGCACCCUGACAAGACCCUCCAGAUUGUUCCCCUCAUAAAGAACCUCAGCUGCCGGAACACUAUUGACUCACAGAGAAAACGAGAGAACAGACUCGCCGAGCCCUGUACAGCGACUGCCCUCCCCUCCUACAACUUCCAGAUCAACACACUGCCUUUCUCUUUCUUUCUCCACUCGGCGGUGCCCAAAUUGCACCCGAAAUCUAUGCAUACCACACAUGAAUCCGAGGAUGGGUGGCAUGUGUGGGUUAGCCGUCGUCUGUAAACCACAUUGUAAAUGGUAUUUGUGUCUUUCUUUGCCACCUUCGCUGCACAGCCUCUAACCCGGGCGCUUAUUGUAAACAGGGCGGCCUUCUCCAUAGCUGGCUAAAUCACUUAGUCAUGGAGUGCUGAGGAGAUGGGAGGGGGGGGGGGGGGCAGAGCGGUUACUGUAGGCAGCAUUCACCAAGGCGCCUGCGUGCCCUUUUGUGAAUCAUGUUGGAUCGGGGCAGACAAAUUGGUGAGCCGUGUAGCGUCCUGGAAAACCCGAGUGGCUGGAACUUCACCCUUUUAUGCCGUCUCUUGUGUUUUUGCCUUUUAAAUAAAUCUCUGCUGACAACUUGUA